AUGAUGGACGAAUGUGAGCGACGCCAUGUUGGUGUCUCUGUUCUGAAUUACACGAAUGGGGGUUCUCUGGGGAAAAUCAAGAUAGAGGGUAGUGACGUUCCACAUUGUUCAGCUCGGCCCGAGCAGCGAGAGUACCCGCUGAAGAUCAGCUUGGGCUGCAUCGCGAUCAUGGAGAGAGGUUCGUUGACACUCAAGCUAUGGUGGAGCGGCCCUGUUGACCAUCAUGAACAUCCUUCACCUCAGGUCCGAAUCCCUGCACCACAAAUUGACAGCGUCAAGCAUGAAGCUGAACUCGAUAACAUCAUGAUGAACAUAAAUCAGACUGCAAGUGCUGUCGAAGUUCAUAAGGAACAGUGCUUGCUGUUGUGUUUGGUUUGCAAGGACAGCGUUGAAAUGGUGAGAGGGUAUGCAGGCAGUAGUGAGCUCUUCUUAAGGAGGCUAAGACAAUUCAUCAGGAAAGCAAACGGGGUGAUUCGAGAGUGUUCCGUGCUUGAGGAGCAUUGGGAGUGGCUUGCGGUUGUGAAAUACAACAGGGAAUUGGAAGUCAAGGAGAUUGUGGAGGAACUUCAUUUCAUGUGCAGCAAAAGUUUUAUUCAGGCUUUCUUGCCAGAUAUGCAAGCAGCAGCCCAGCUCGACAAAGCUGCACUGGAAAAACAGGACGUGAGUGUUCAUUUCGGGGAAUUGCUCCAUAGAGGAAGCUAUGGUGUUGUUCGUAAAGGAACGUGGCAUCAAAGGCUAGUUGCAGUCAAGGAGUUCAAGGAGUCUCAAGAUCUUCCAUCACAAGAACUGCCCGCAGUAUCAAGUAUACAAGCUGCUCCUCACAUUGUUCAAACCAUCGGCUACUACAAGGUUGACGAAAGCUGUACCCACUUGGUCAUGGAGGUAAUGAGGAUGAAUCUAAAAGAGUAUGCCAGCAAGAACAAAGAGCUCACGCUCUUGCAACUGGUCGAGAUCCUGCUCCAGAUUACCAAGGGCCUCGACUUCCUGCAUGGGAAAAACAUUGUGCAUAGAGACCUCAAGCCAGAAAACGUUCUAAUCGAUUUCACUGAUGAGGACGAAGAGCAGCUUGUCCUGAAACUCACUGAUUUCGGUACUGCAUACAUCAACUUCAAUAUUGAACAAUCACAUACAGCUCCAGUAGGGACGAGGUUUUUCAGGCCCCCGAGCUGCUGA